AUGACCAAGAUAGCUCCUCUGUCGAAAUUUCUUCUUGUUGACAGAAGUGGAGCCAGGAAUAAAUACGAUAACAGAGCUCUCCAGGAAAACCCUUCGUUGAAUAUCAAACGCUUGCGAUGUUCCAUUGAACAUCUAAACCUCGCCGAAGUGGAAAUGCUCAAGAGUGUGUCGAGUCUGUGCGCGGUUUGCAAGCAUUUCUGUGGCACUGCCACCGACGCUGGAAUUCGAUGCCUUUCAAACGGCAUGCGUAAUGGACUAGGUCUCGAUGGCUUCGUUUUAGUACCUUGCUGUCACCACAAAUCCCGAUACAGUGAGUAUUCCGGUCGCGAGUUUCUUGCUCAAUGGAAUAUGGACAGUGAAGGUGAUUUUGCCGCUUUACGUCACAUUGCGACGUGGGCUGUCUGUGGAUUUGGCAAGCCAAAGAAUAGUGGAAAUUCUCAUGCGGAUGAUCGGCCCAUCGAUCAGCACACUAACGACUGUACGGUAGAAGGUAAUGGAGUGAACAAUGUUGAAUGUUCGAUGGAUGCCGAACCGAACCCACUAGAACGCAGCUCUAGUGACGUGAUUCCACCUUCAUGGAUGUCAUUUCUACGGUCACGAUUCCUUUUCAAUGCAGUGCGAUUUGCUUCAAAUUCGGGUCGAAGCCAUGUGUUUCUUGAUGUAAAUAUUGGAGAUACUCACGCAGGAAAGAUCACGAUAGAAUUAUUCAAUGACGUGGUCCCGAAAACCGCGGAAAAUUUUCGAGCGUUGUGCACAGGAGAAAAAGGGAAGGGCAAAAGUGGAGUUCCUCUUCAUUUCAAGGGCUCUACGUUCCAUCGUGUAAUCCCCGAGUUCAUGAUCCAGGGUGGAGACUUCACUCUCGGAGACGGACGAGGAGGUGAAUCUAUAUAUGGUCAUAAGUUUGAGGAUGAGAAUUUCACUCUCAAGCAUACUGGUCUCGGAUGCGUUUCUAUGGCAAAUGCUGGUCCUAACACAAAUGGAAGCCAAUUUUUCAUAUGCACUGCUGACACUCCUUGGUAUGUGGGUUUGAUCAAGUAUUCGGUGUGA